UACUACAGAUUUUAUUACAUGUGAUAAUUUUUUUCUUAUAGUUAUUCAAUUCAUUUAUUUAUUUUUCACCAUCAUGAAAAAAUUAGUCAUAAUAAAUUGUAUUAUUUUUGGUUUAAUAAACUAUUCGUUAGCUAACGAAAAUGAAUUUUUACAAAAUUCCACUACUAAUCGUAUAAAAGUAUCCACUAAAAAUGCGGCAUUCGAAGUCGUUGCAAUUAACAAUAAAUUAAUCUUAAAUUCUACAAAGAAUGAUGGUUCAAAAAUGCACAUUGAAUUUUUCGUCGAAGAACCUUCAUUGUCAAACAAACCUUUGACGAUGAGCCAAUGUGCAAGAAAUUUAGUUUGUAUUGCAAGUGGAAAUAUAACACACACAGUAAUUCAAUCAAUACCAACAAGAGAAUACGUUUCAAUUUCACGUUUUUUACCAACAUCAAAAGGCCGUUUAAUAGAUUGCCUGUCUCUUCAUGAUGACACACAAUGGAUUGGUGGACCUCAAUAUCGUUAUCAACGGUGGCCAGUUCAACACAUGUACUAUGAAGAAGAACCAUAUGUUACCACGCAUCCUACAAAUAUUGCAAUUGCUGAAAGAUAUUGGCUAUCUAGCAGAGGUUUCAGUGUUUAUGUAUAUAACUGGGCACCUCUGUUUCUAGAUCAAAAUAAUUUUAAAGAUAAGCAUUUGUGCCUUAUCGCCGAAAAUAAAAAACCAUAUUCCGACAAUACUAGUCUUGCUCUAUCUUAUGAAGUAGCAUGGCAUAAUGAUUCAAAACUUGCUCAUGAAUCGAUAGUAUCUCGGCAUUUGGGAAAACCUAAUGGAAUUCCUGAUGAACGAAUGGUUCGUCAUCCUAUUUGGUCUACAUGGGCACGAUAUAAAGCAAAUAUUACUGAAAGUAUUGUAAAUAAAUUUGCUAGUGAAAUCGUUGCUAAUAAAUUUAAUAAUAGUCAGUUAGAAAUUGAUGAUAAUUGGGAAACUUGUUAUGGAUCAGCUAUUUUUGAUCCCAAAAAGUUUCCAAAUGUUACUCGAUUAACUCAAGGAUUGAAACGUCAAGGCUUCAGAAUUACCCUUUGGAUUCAUCCAUUUAUUAAUGAAGGAUGUGAACCUGCUUAUUCCACUGCUUUGAAGAAUGGAUAUUUCGUUAAAAAUCAGCAAGGACAAGUACAUACGACAUGGUGGCAGGGUGAAAAAGGAGCCGGUGUGAUUGAUUUUACAAAUCCAAAUGCUACUAACUGGUGGGUUGCACGAUUAAAAGCAAUAGAAAAAUUAGGCGUUGAUAGCUUUAAAUUUGAUGCUGGUGAAUCGUCUUGGCUUCCACAAAUACCAAUAUUAACUGGUCCUAAGGAACUACAGCCAGGAAUUUAUACAAGAGCUUACGUAAAUGCUUUAGCCACUAAUUUCAAUAACAUUAUUGAAGCAAGAGUUGGUUGGGGAACACAGGAUCUUCCAAUAUUUAUCAGAAUGAUCGAUAAAGACACUAGAUGGACCUGGAAUAAUGGAUUACCAACAUUAAUAACAACACUUCUUCAAAUGAAUAUGGCUGGUUAUGUUUACGUACUUCCUGACAUGAUUGGUGGUAACGGAUAUCUAAAUGGAUUUUUGAAUGGAACUUACUUACCAUCCAAAGAAUUAUAUAUCAGAUGGCUUCAAGCUAACGUUUUUAUGCCUUCUCUUCAAUAUUCAUUCACGCCUUGGGAUUUUGAUAAAGAAACUGUUACUAUUUGUAAGAAAUUCACUGACUUGCAUGCCAGUUAUGCCUCAGAUAUCGUGAAAUUAAUGAAUAUUUCUGCAACAACUGGAGCACCAUUGAAUCCACCUAUUUGGUGGAUCGAUCCAACUAAUCAAGAAGCUCACAAAAUAAAUGAUGAAUACCUUUUGGGAACAAAUAUAUUGGUGGCACCAGUGAUCGAAGAAAACUCCGUUGCACGACCGGUUUAUCUUCCUAAAGGAAUGUGGAAAGAUGGAAAUAGUAAUCGUACUUACACAGGACCAAUGUGGAUUGAGAAUUAUCCCGCACCAUUAAAUAUUUUGCCAUAUUUCAUCAAACUACGUUGACUAUUUAACGAGCAUAAUAAGAUAACAAAUAUUAUUUAAUUUGACUAUUAUUCCAUCAUCUUCUGUAUAACUACCAGUUUUUAAUAAUGCAUCACGUUCGGCAAUAAGUUUUUUAAGACGUUCAUCCAGUUCUCCGACACGUGAUUGACAAUGACAUUUAUUUAAAUUCAUCAGGGAUUUUGAAUCAUACAUUGGAGUAACUAAAGAAUCACGGGUUUUUCUUUCAACGGAUGAUUUUGGUCUUAGUGUUUCGAUUUGUUUUUGAAUUUGACCAAGUGAAAUUUUAUCAUUGGCUAAUGCUGCUGAACCUGCUUGUAGUAUAUCUUCUAAACUGAAAAAGAAUUUAUAAAAUGUAAAAAAAGUUUAGCAAAAAAGUAUGCUUCAUAAUGUGA